GGGCGAGAGAGCAGUAAAAUGGCCGACCAUCCACCAACUGACUUCACAUCGCUUUAAAAAACACGAAGAUUGUGCAUAUUUAGUUUACAUGAGACUAACCGAAUACUACAUGAAUUCGAAAGGGUAUUUUCUUCAUCCACAGCUAUUUGUUCACUUGUUGGAUAACAUUAUACUACGUAUUAUUUAGCCUCGAAUGCCUCAAAAAGUCGGAUUUCGCACAGAAGCACUUUAUUUCAGAUAUAAUUCCUGAGCAAAGAGGAGCUCCGGGAAAGGGAAUAGCAGUUCAUGGAAGACAAGAAAAGGAAGAAAGAAGAUAAAAGGAAAAGGGACGCUUCCCAGAAGGUCGCAGAACAAAAAAACAAAGUGCCAGAAUUGACCAAGUCAACGUCCACCCAGUCUCCGGCCACCCCCAGCUCUGUAACCCCCAGUCCUGGCCCCCCACCCUCCCCAUCCCCCUCCCCUGCCAGCGCACCUGCUGGCAGCCCCGCCCAGGGUGGGAACAAUGCAAAGCGGGCGGCGGUGGCCAACGGGCAGCCCGCCUCUGGAGCCCAGCCCCCACAGCGAUACAUGUCCCGCGAAGUGCCCCCGCGAUUCCGCUGCCAGCAGGACCACAAAGUGCUACUGAAGAGGGGCCAGCCGCCACUGUCCUGCAUGCUGCUGGGGGGAGGCAACGGCAGCUCUCCCACCUCACAGGGGGAUGGCCCCAAUGCAACAGCAGCUGGACCUUCAGAUCCCAGUCCUGGAUCUCUGGGUCCAGCACCCCCAAACUCCCCUUCCUCCUCCUCCUCAUCAUCAGUCGCUGCUGCUUCUUCUUCAAAUUAUGCAAAUUCCACUUGGGGGGUGAGCUCCGGCAGCCAGCCCCCUUCUCAGGGCUGGGGGGAGAAGGUAAUCGUGGACGGGUCUGACCUGGAGGAGUGGCCAAGCAUUGCAGGUGGGGCUGGGGGAGAUGGGGUGGAGACCGGUGGUGCCUCACAGAAUGACAGACACCUCCAGCAGUCAUUGGGAGCAGGUGCUGGAGCAGGGGAGGCAGGCGACACCAGCAGCCCCUCCCCGCCUUCUUCCUCGUCCUGUUCGUCCAACGAAUGUAUGCAGCCGGGGGGUGCCGUGUGGGGGUCUGCUGCAGCAGGGUCAGCGUCCUCCAAAUCCAAAGUCACUCCUCUCCCUGGGCCUCAAGAGGGUGCCCUUGGUGUCAGUGGUGGAUUUCCUGGUGCCAACUUCAACCCUAGUGCCAACCCGUCCGCCUGGCCAGCCCUGGUGCAGGAUGAGACGGCGGUGGAGGGUGUGGGGGAUGUAUCUGCACCCGAGGGUAAUCUUGCUUCCCUCCAGCCCCCCACGCCUGUGCCCGCCAGCCCUUCCCCUGCAAAUUCUGCCAGCCGUCAGCACUCAUGUGAAAUGCAAGCCAGGGACAGGGAGCCCCCCCAUGGUGAAUGGGGGGGUGCAGCUCUUGAGCUGGGAGCCGGACCAAAAACAGCGGGGGACAUGGACUGUGGCAUCACAGGGGAGGAUCCCUCUGCUUCUUCCUCCUCUUCUUCCUCUUGGAGGCUCCAGUCCUUCUCUGCUAAUGCUAAAACAGGUGGUUCCAGGGCUGAUGCAUGGGAAGGUGGAUCUGGUGGCCCUGCAUCCACUGGGGAAGGCACAAGCACUUGGUCUCACGAAGGGAAGGGAGGGGCAGCGGCGGGCAGUGCUUGGGCUGCAGGUGGUGGGGGCAGCUGUAAGACCUCCGGGGUAUCUCAGGGAGCUUGGGGUGGGGUGACUGGGGAAGAACUGUCAGUUGGGGAGUGGGGCAAUUCGGGUGGAGGGAUGUCUCUGGAGGGACCUGGCGAUGCAGCUGGGGGAAGUGGUGAUGGAGGCAGCAGCAGUAACAGCAGCAGUGGGGGCAGCAUUGGGAACCCCCCUGAUUCCGCCUCCCCCACGUCAACAACUAUGACAAGAGCAUGGGACAAUCAAACGGGUGUCGGGGAGGGGCGAUCUGGGGAGACAGUGGAGUGGGGAGGUCAGGGCAAAGGUGGAACAGGGGCUUCGUCCUCGAGUGGUGGGAGCCGUUCCAGGACAGGUGGUGGCCCUCCUGGUCAGCACCAACACAGCCACUCCCACCAUCGCCCUGCCCAGCAGCCCACCAACCCUGAAGUGGCCUUGCAGAACUUGCUCAGACGGACUGACCUGGACCCCCGGGUGCUGUCCAACGUCGGCUGGGGGCAAACUCAGAUCCGGCAGAAUGUGGCCUGGGACUUGGAGGAGGGUGAGGAGAGAGGCAGUAAUGGCAGGGGCAUGGGCUCCUCUGCCUUCUCAUCUGCAGCCAACAGUACUACUAACUCCAGCUCUCACUCUGCUUCUGCCAGUUCAAUGACUACUGAUCCACUGGCAAAUCUCAACCGGAGCGCCAACUUGACUGGAACCACUCCUUCCGGAGAUGGCUGGGAGGACAGCAGCACAAGUGGGCUUUCUCGGGGUCCAUCUUCCUCUGGUUCUGGUGGGCGCAACCAUGGCACCUCCCAUUCUGUUUCAGGAAGUGGUGUAGGAGGCCUGGGAAACCCGGCUGGUGUCCAAGGAAAGAGUUCUGCUGGAUGGAGUGGUGUGAGCCCAGGGGAAGGUCAGGGCAAAGGGUGGAGCACAGAGGGCCCAGAGUGGAGAGAGCACAGAGGAGGUGGGGCAGAGACAGCGGAAUGGGGUGCGUUCAGGCAACAGGGUACCCCAGCAGCAGGAGGUUGGGGAGGUGGUCCGGAGGAGAAAGGGACCAGUGCUUGGAAGGAAAUGGGAAGGGAUGGUGGUGGUGGCGGCUGGGGACAGAGGGGGGGCAGUGAGUGGGGGGAGCGUGAGACCAAGCCAGAAAGGGGGGUUUGGGGCGAAGGUAAAGGAAAUGGUGGCAAUGCUGCAGGCGAUUCCAAAGUGGGUUCUUGGGGAAACUGGGAUGAUGGGGGUUCAAAAAGAGGGUGGGGAGGGGGUGGUGAAAUGGGUGGCAAAGGGCACCAGAGCUGGGGAAGUAAGCCAACCCACACACAGAUACCAAACAGCCAGGCUGCGGUGCUGAAGGCCCAGAUACAGCACCAACAACAAUCACAGCCCCAGCCACCAUCACUGGACACAGGGGCUGCACAAGGUGGCUGGGGCAGACCGGGGGGGGCUUCCUCUCAGAACCAGAACCAAAGCUCAGGCUGGACCUCAGGGCCCAUGCCUCAGAUGCCUGGCGAGGGCCCGGAACCCAGUGGCUGGGAGGAGCCAUCACCACAGUCUGUGAGCCGCAGGAUGGAAAUUGAUGAUGGCACCUCGGCCUGGGGAGACCCCAGCCGCUAUAACAAGAGCGUUAAGCUGUGGGACCAGAAUGGUGCCGCUGCGACCGCUAGCCCCCAGGCUCAGGUGCAGCAGCAGAUUGGCCAGCCUACUGUGCACCAGCCACAGCAACAGCAGCAGCUAGCUGGGAGACCAGUCCAUCAGACCACAGGCACUGGGGUCAGGGAGCAGGGACACGGCCCGGGAAAGCCGGCUGCUGCAGCUCCUGCGAUGUGGGGAGGAGGCACUCCUGGGGGCCCUGGUGUGGAUAAUGGCACUGCCGCCUGGGGCAAGGCAGCUGAUACACCUACUGGUUGGGGGGAUCCAGAAGAUUCUGGGAAAGCCUCAGGCUGGGGGAACCCAUCCACCAAUUCUGUCAAGCCUGGCAUGACUGCAUCUCCUACAGGUUCCAAGUCUAUGCAAGAGGGCUGGGGAGAUGGUGAGGCGUCAGUCGGCGCUUCCCGCCACUCCAGCUGGGAGGAGGAAGAGGAGGCAGGUGGCAUGUGGAACAGCGCUGGCUCCCAGGGAAGCAGCUCCUCCUAUAACUCUGGAGGCUGGGGGCAAAGCCAUGGUGGCAAGAAGGGCAAUAACAAGGGUACCUUAAAAAGUGGGGGUGGGGAUUCAUGGAUGAACCCCGUAACCAGACAGUUCUCAAACAUGGGCCUUCUGGGUGAGGACCCCAGUGGAAGGCCUUUAGAUUUGGCCCCAGGGCCCCCGCAGGACAGGAAGCUGGAAGGAGAUAAGCGAGGGUUAAGUCUGGGUGACUACAAUGGAGAGAUGCGUAAAGGAGGGAGGGGCGGAGCAGUCUUCCGCUCACCUAGUUCCAAAGAAGUGGGGCCUGGGGAGCCCGGGCCUUACUAUGACAAGGAUGGGUGCCUUGGGGAUGAAGGGCCCACGUCUCCUUUCCCUUCUUCAGCUGGUUUCAAGCCCCCUCCCUUAUACAGCCACUCCAACCCCCCUAGACAAGUGGGCGGUCACAAUGUAUUUGGUGGUAACAGUGGAAUGGGUCAGUCACGGGGAGUGCACCAACCUGGUGUGUCUCCCAUAAACCCAUCUCCAGGGAUACGAGCGCAAGUGCCUCAUCAGUUCCUGACACCUCAGGUGCCAGGCUCUGUGCUGAAGCAGAUGCCACCCCCCAACAACAAUAUGGGGGGCAUUGGAGUAGGAGGGGUAGGAGGCAUGGCAGGAGGGAUGUUCCCCACACAGCUGUCUCCACAACACCUGGCCAUGCUCAGCAGCAUCUACCCUCAGAUGCAGCAAUUCCACCUGGCAUGUCAGUUGCUACUUCAACAGCAGCAGCAGCAGCAGCUUCUGCAGAACCAGAGGAAGUUCCCUCAAGGCCUGCGGCAACAGCCAGAUCCUCAGCAGCUGGCCAGGGUCAUGGCCAUUCUCCAGCAGCAGAGGCAGCAGCAACAGCAGCAGCAGGCAGGGGUUGGAACAGGUUCCAAACUGUCUCCUUCCCAUCUGGGAGGAGGGGCUCCCAAGCAGGCAAUGGCAUCAGACCAGCUGCCCCACCUUGGCAUGGUGGGCUCACUGGCUGACCUGCAUGCGAAAACACAGGCUGGGUAUUCGGGGUUUUCUGCCGGGGCCAAUUUGUCAGGGCUGGAGCUAGGUUCCAUAGUGGGUGGCCCAGGGAACAUGAAGGAGGGCGGGGGACAGCAGUCCCGCUUCAAGUGGAUGAUGGAGGGUCAUUCACCAACACCGUCACCCCCUGACUCUACCCUUCACAAAAAUGGCCCUAUAUCAGCCCCAGUUAAACUCAGGGGCGGUUCACCAUACUCCCAGUAUGAGUUGCUAGGGAAUGAAAAUCUAGGGGGACCCCCACAGACUUCAUCUGACAACUGGCACCGGACUCCCGGGAGCAAGAUUGGCACCAAGGCAGGCACCUCGAGCUGGCCCCAAGAGUUCCAGCCAGGAGUGCCCUGGAAGGGAAUCCAGAGUGCUGACCCAGAAUCUGACCCUUACGUGACCCCUGGCAGUGUGCUGGGUCCGUCGGGGCCCUCUAGCCUCAGUGACAGUGAACACCAGUUACUGAGAGACAAUGCAGGGCCUAACCCCUCCCUCAACACCUUGCUGCCUUCCACCGGUGCCUGGCCCUACAGUGCCUCAGACAGCCCCGUCAACAACGCACACAGCUCAGCAAAAUAUACAGAUUACAAGCCUAGCUGGCCCCCUGACCCCAUUGGACACAACAAGCUGUGGAAGUCCGGACGGAACAGCUCCCAAGUUCCCCGGCCACCUCCAGGACUUACCAACCAAAAGCCUCAAUCUCCAUGGAGUGGUGGGGGUCCUCGGUUGGCCAGGGGCUGGGGAGGGACAGGGGGGAGCCAGGAGAUGAGAUAUGGGCCAGGUUCCUCAUGGAGUGACGGUGGGAGUUCAAGGGGCAGCUGCUGGUUGGUGUUGAGUAACCUCACGCCUCAGAUUGAUGGCUCAACCCUGCGCACCAUUUGUAUGCAGCAUGGGCCCCUGUUAACCUUUCACCUUGGGCUGACCCAGGGCAGUGCUCUUAUUCGCUACAGCACCCGACAGGAAGCAGCCAAGGCUCAAAGUGCACUCCACAUGUGUGUGCUGGGAAACACAACAAUUCUGGCAGAGUUUGUGAGCGAGGAGGAAGUCACUCGAUAUUUUGCACAUUCCCAGGGUGGAGGGAGCGGGACCGGCAAUGGAGGUGGGGCUGUCGGUACGGUGCCAGGGUCUGGGGUAGGACAGGGGCAGUCGGGAACCACCGUGACAGGGGCCAGCAGUGGAGGCAGUCCCCCAGGAGGAGAACGAGAGCGUGCAGGAGGCGGCAACGGCGGCGGAGGUGGUGUUGGGAGCGUAGGAACCUCUGGCUCUGGAUGGCAGGGUUUGGACGACACGGGCAACUCUCCGGACCCCUCCUCGGCCCAAGGACCUGGGCUGAGCAUCUUUACGCAGUGGAGCAGCAAUGGGGCUGCCAGUGGCAGUGGAGGUGUAGGAGUCGGCAUGGAGGCCGUAGAUCCAGGAAGAGCAGGGCUGUGGGGGGGAAUGACCCAAGGGUACCCUAGCAGCAGCAGUCUUUGGGGAGCACCUCAGAUGGACGACAGGCACCAAAUGGACAGCCCAGCUUCUCUGUUGCCUGGAGACCUUCUGGGGGGUGGGGCCGAUUCCAUCUGAAAGGCGCACGCAUUUUCCAUUGAGAUUUUACCGAGGCCUGCAACACAACUGCAGUAUAAAAAAACGCAUACACAGGGCUGUACAAAAGCAGCUACGCGUUCACAUGCCUAGACAUAUUCCCUACCAACAGUGAGGCAUAUAUGUGAGGCCUUAUCCUCUGAUGAAGACAAACUGCAAGACUUGACUAGAAGGGGAAUCGUGUGAUCUGAGGCGUAAAGCCUCGGUUUGAAACCUAAACUAAAGCUGGAUAGAAACUCAAAUAUGCAGAGGCACACAUGACGAUAAGACAGAUGGGCACACUGUAGUAACAUGGUUUUGCUUCAUGUAAAUGUCAGCAUGAAGCUGGACAGCACUGUAUCUGCAUCCCUACAACAGCAGGCAGAUGGAACUACACACAACCAUGCACACAAACUGCUCUGGUAAUUUGAUUUGACAAGCAAACUUUUUUUUUCUUUUUUUUUCCCCAGUGGAAUCCAGAAACAAUGUUAUUCUUCCCUUUGAAUACUGACCUCGUCCCCCCCAUCCAGUCAUUGAUCAUUGUUUUAAUUAUGUCAGAUGUAUGUUAUUUUGCUGCACGAGGCUGCCCUCGUGUUCCUCUGCGUGUUAGAGAGUGGCAUGGAUAAUGCUGGUGUGUGAAUGGGUCUGUGAGAAUGGAGACAUUUGCGUGGUGCAAGACGUCUGCUUGAACAUGGCGCGUUUCUGCUUGUCCGUCCUAGCACGGCAGGUGAACGAGUGCAUGAGGCAGCUUACAUUUAAGUGUUAUGUUUUGGAGUGGGUUUGGUAAGUGUAUGCAAUGUGUAUAUGCGAGUGUGUGAAAUAGGCAGCACAUUCAAGAACAUUGGCACUAAUGCAUUUUUUAAUUUGUUUGCAUUUUGUUGUUUUAGCAACCUCUUAUCGUCUAAGUUCCAAUAGUAAUAAAAAUAAUGAGAGGCAGACUUAAAGGCAUACAGAUUGAAAGAGAUGCCUAAUCUUAUCAGAACUAGUGGAGCUGGACGGGUGUUUACAAAUGCCUAAAAGAAAAAAGUACGACAUUUUAUUUUUGUUGUUGAUAGUUUAAAAUCAAGACAGGCUUUCACACUCCUGUUUGGUUUUUGUCAGAUUUCACAAAGGAGAACUAAUUUAACAAAAAGAGCAAGCAGAAUAAAGUUUAAAGUAUUGUCUUUCUGUCCUGUGUUUGUCUCUCCUCGGUCUGAGGUGAACAGGAUUUGUUUACAGUUCAGUCCAUUAGCUGUUUGUAAUCAGAGGUGUACUUCUAGAGUCUGCUACACUUAUUAUUCUCAUUUAAUGGCUACUGACGUGUAUUCCUGUCUCCGUCUUCAGUUCCUCACCCUUUGUGAAGUCUGUUUUGCCCUGUUCUCGUUGUUUAGAACCACUGCCACUGUACCAGCUGUUACUUGUUUUUACUUCCCGCAAGAUACCUUUUACAUACGAGUUGGGGAUGUUUUCUUACUGUUACUUGACCACACGUGUGUGGAGAGCAUGAGGUACAAGCUUUCUAAGCUGCCCACAUACAUACACACACACACACCCCCACUCCCUAGCACAACUGGGGUGCCAGAGACAAGCUGUAGACCCGUUUGACUAUCAAAUGUCAUCAGUGGCUUUACAGGUGGGGCUUUCAUCACAGCUGUAAUAUAUCUGAUGUGCCAUGGACUUCAGCGGUAGGGGAGCAGUCCAACUUCAUUCUUUCCACCUUGUGCUUUGUAUCUGGCUGCAAGGGUUGGGCAAAAUUUGGUAAGGCUGCAAUUGAAACCAGGAGAGUCAUGGGCCUUGCAGGAACUACCCGGAACAUAUGCGCAGCAGUGAGUUUUGAAUCUGAUCGAUGAUACCCGACCCUGUACAGCUCAACACUGUAGUAUCGCUCAGCCUAUGAUGGUUUGUGGGCAGCCACUGGCACUCUGUGCUUACUGCCAGUCUUUAAUGUAGCCAGUAAAGACACUCUUCCAUUCGGUGUAAAGGAACCAAGCCUCGACAAGACUUUAGGACAGGGGUGGCGAGAGAGCAGCUCGAGAUGAGAGCACAGAAGUUUAUGCUUAUUCAAUAGAGAAGGUUGUCUAGCACUUGACAUAAAAAAAAGCUGGAACGUCUGUUUUCUUGCAGUUUUUUUUUGUUGUUUGCUUGUCACAGUGGUUAGUUUACAAUUGCCUAAAUAAAGUACUAUGGUUACUACUGGAGUUUCUCAGUGUUUGAGGCGUUUUAAAUUUGAACUGAGGGACAUUUUUGAAGUAUAUACAUACAUAUAUGUACAAUGCAUUGUAAACAGUAUGACCGUUUUGAGGCUAGGGUGCAGCCCAGACCUCAUUUCCAAAAACCCCAAUAAAUAUCUUGUUUCCA